GCCUUCCGCCCGGGGAGCGGCCUUCGGGAGAGGGGGCGUCGCGACGCUCCCCGAGCUGGGGCGGCCCGUGGGCCGUCGGAGACCGAGGGGACGAACCAGGAUGAAUAUGACUCAAGCCCGGGUCCUGGUGGCUGCAGUGGUGGGGCUGGUGGUUGUGCUCCUCUACGCCUCCAUCCACAAGAUCGAGGAAGGACACCUGGCCGUGUACUACAGGGGAGGAGCUUUACUAAGUAGCCCCAGUGGACCAGGCUAUCAUAUCAUGUUGCCUUUCAUUACUACGUUCAGAUCUGUGCAGACAACACUACAAACCGAUGAAGUUAAAAAUGUGCCUUGUGGAACAAGUGGUGGGGUCAUGAUCUACAUCGACCGAAUAGAAGUGGUUAACAUGUUGGCUCCCUAUGCAGUGUUCGAUAUUGUAAGGAACUACACUGCAGAUUAUGACAAGACCUUAAUCUUCAAUAAAAUUCACCAUGAGCUGAACCAGUUCUGCAGCGCCCACACGCUUCAAGAAGUUUAUAUUGAGUUGUUUGAUCAAAUCGAUGAAAACCUGAAGCUAGCCCUACAGAAGGAUUUGAACGUCAUGGCCCCAGGUCUCACCAUCCAGGCUGUACGUGUUACAAAACCUAAAAUCCCAGAAGCCAUAAGAAGAAAUUUUGAGUUAAUGGAGGCUGAGAAGACAAAGCUUCUUAUAGCGGCACAGAAGCAAAAGGUUGUGGAGAAAGAAGCUGAGACAGAGAGGAAGAAGGCUGUUAUAGAGGCAGAGAAGAUUGCACAAGUAGCAAAAAUUCGGUUUCAGCAGAAAGUGAUGGAGAAAGAAACGGAAAAGCGGAUUUCUGAAAUUGAAGAUGCUGCGUUCCUGGCCCGAGAGAAGGCAAAGGCCGAUGCGGAGUACUACGCUGCCCACAAAUAUGCCACCUCGAACAAGCACAAAUUGACCCCGGAGUAUCUGGAGCUCAAAAAGUACCAGGCCAUUGCUUCUAACAGUAAGAUCUACUUUGGCAACAACAUCCCUAGCAUGUUCAUGGACUCCUCUUGUGGUUUGAAAUAUUCAGAUGUUAGGACUGGAGGAGAAAGCUCCCUCCCCUCUAAGGAGGCUCUUGAAACCUCUGGGGAGAGCCCCAUCCAAAACAAGGAGAGCACAGGUUGAUGCAAGAGGUAGAAACGUUCUCCCGUAUCAAGAGGUGGCCCAAGGGGUUCAGUAGGAACAAUGGUUAUACGGACUCUUCAGACUUCCAGAACUCCCGCUCCGUCCGCUCUGCCUCUCCCACGGUGUCCUGGUUUGUCAGCCGCUGACUGCAGGGUAGAGCCAGCCGUCUGGCACUCAGAUGGUCCUUCCAGCCGCAGUUUAUCAAGUACCCUGUGCGUGCUCCUCUCUGAACUAGCCUCGUGAGCGAGGGGAAGGGUGAUGCUGAGAUGCUGCCUGCCCCGGAGCGUUCACACUAAGUAUGUAACGAGCUGUACGUCUCUAAGCCGCGAUCUGCCGAAUAAUGUUUACAUUGGUCCCUGGGGAAAUGAGCGCUCAGCCAUGCAAGGGAUGGGAGGCCAGAGAGAACACGGCCAGGAAAUGGUAAGUUAAGAAGACCGACUGCGCCUGGGCCCCAGGCUGCCUCUUUGGGGUCCAGUCCCAGAGUCUGUCCAUGCGAUUCACAUCCAGGCCGCUGAGUUCCCAGGAAAUGAUCUUCCACUUGAGCAACAAUUUACUUGACACGUGAUUUGCACCUUUCUGUUUUCCUACAGUCAAGUUGGUGGCCUACAGGGACAUGCACUUUGCCACCCAGCCAGAGAUUUCUCAGAGGUUCCUAAUCACUAUUUUAUUGCAUUAGUAGCUCAGAGAUAAAAAGAGCUUUGCUCUAAGUUAGGAGUGAGAUGAAACCUUUGCUCUGAACCAAAGCCCUGGGGCCCUGUAUUCCCUCCAUGGGAAAGGACUGUCAUGUCACUGCCCCAGGCCACGUGCAACUGAUGUACUUCAUUUUUUAGCCACAGACAGCUCCUUACAUGUCACCUCUCAUCUCCGGCUGGCCAAGAGCAGGACAGGCCUUUAGCCAGAAAUCGGAGCAGCGUACCCUUCCUAGCCGUUCACUGCACAGUAUUGAAUCAUAAUUACAGAAAGGUUUUAUUUUUAAAACUGGAUUUGGGGUGCAUUCAUUUGCCCCAGCACUUCUGUCUAAAAGCCAGGUCUUUCAGCUGCCAUGGUUACCAGCACACUGAUUCUCCUUAACACUGUGUGGAACAAAGAGUAACCUGGAAAGCAUCCUCGGUCAUCUUCUGUCUUCUUUCUGGCUCUGGGAUGCUGAAAACAGAGCUGUUUCUCCAACUGUCCCUUCCCCCGGGAGAUUGGGAUGCUCGCCCUCCCGGGCAGCCGGUGACUGUGAUCUUCCAUGAGAGGAUGACAGUUCACCUGUGGCUGCAGGAGACCUGCUUCAUACGAACCUUCUUUUUCCUUCAGAUUAACUUUCCUGGAAUGGUGUAUCACGUAGGUAGGCCUGAGUUCCUGUUUGCUAAGACCCCUCUUGGGUACACUGUGUUGCAGCCAGACAGAAAAAUCAUGGGACCACUUCCGGAAACCCUUCAGCUGUCAGUCCUGUCGUCUCCUGACAGCCUGUGGGUUGUGCCAAACACUACUCGGGAAAGGGAGACCCGGCUUCGAGGGGUCUGUUCCCUGGGCCUUACACUGUAGACACAUUCGUAACUUGGAGGGAAUCAUUUUUUGGUUUUUUGCUCUUUUAAAUCAGUAAUUCUCUUUAUGAAUGAAUCUUGCGUUCUUUAACCCUCCUAAAGAGAACUUUUGAAUUAUAGAAAUAAACUCUUAACCUGUCAUAUUGUUGCUGCAGAUAAAUAAUGAUUGUCAUGGGAAAUCUGGAUCAUUGACCUCAUGCUUUCAUUCCUGGGGAUGUUUUUAUUCCCAUGAGCGUAAGGAUGGUGGUGGGUUUCCUACCAGCCCCAGCCCUGGUGGCAGGGCUGAGGAAGUGACGUGGGGUGACAUCGUAAACAGCACUUCCACGUCAGCUCCCCUUGGAGUUCCGCGUGCUUCCCUGCGCCCCCUCGGUGAGCUCUCGGUCCAGCCAUCCUUCAGGGGUGUUCCUUUUGGUAAAUAGACACUGUAAUCUUGAAGUCUAAAUUUAUAUGUGAAUUGCUACCUUUUUUAAAUAAGAAACUAAAUAAAAUUAUUUUACUAUCAGCGA